AUGGACAUGGACAUGGACGUGGACGUGGACGUGGACGUGGACGUGGACGCGGACGCGGACGCGGACGUGGACGCGGACAUGGACGUGGACGUGGACAUGGACGUGGAUGUGGACGUAAGGAGUGCAAAUAACAUGGACGUGGUCGUGGACGUGGACGUGGACGUGGAUAUGGACAUGGACGUGGACAUGGACGUGGACGUGGACAUGGACGUUGACGUGGACAUGGACGUGGACAUGGACGUGGACGUGGACGUGGACAUGGACGUGGACGUGGACGUGGUCGUGGACGUGGACGUGGACGUGGACGUGGACAUGGACGUGGACAUGGACGUGGACGUGGACGUGGAAUUGGACGUGGACAUGGACGUGGACGAAGACAUGGUCGUGGACGUGGACGUGGACGUAGACAUGGACGUAGACGUGGACGUGAAGGUGGACAUGGACGUGGACCUGGUCGUGGACGUGGACGUGGACGUGGACAUGGACGUGGACGUGGACGUAGACGUAGACAUGGUCGUGGACGUGGACAUGGACAUGGACGUGGACGUGGACGUGGACGUAGACGUGUACGUGGACGUGGACGUGGACGUGGACGUGGAAGUGGACGUGGACGUGGACGUGGAGGACUUGGACGUGGACGUGGACGUGGAUGUGGACGUGGACGUGGACGACUUGGACGUGGACAUGGACGUGGACAUAGACGUGGACAUAGACGUGGACGUGGACGUAGACAUGGACGUAGACGUGGACGUGGACGUAGACAUGGACAUGGACGUGGACGUGGACGUGGACGUGGACGUGGACCUGGAUAUGGACGUGGACGAAGACAUGGUCGUGGACGUGGACGUGGACGUGGUCGUGGUCGUGGACGUGGACAUGGACGUGGACGUGGACAUGGACGUGGACGUGGACAUGGACGUGGACGAAGACGUGGUCGUGGACAUGGACGUGGACGUGACGUGGACGAACAUGGACGUGGACGUGGACGUGGACGUGGACAUGGACGUGGGCGUAGACGUGGACGUGGACAUGGACGUGGACAUGGACGUGGACGUGGACGUGGACGUGGACGAAGACAUGGUCGUGGACGUGGACGUGGACGUGGACGUGGACAUCGACGUGGACGUGGACGUGGACAUCGACGUGGACGUGGAUGUGGACUUGGACGUGGACGUGGACGUGGACAUGGACGUGGACGUGAACGUGGACGUGGACGUGGACAUGGACAUGGACGUGGACGUGGACGUGGACAUGGUCGUGGACAUGGACGUGAACGUGGACAUGGACGUGGACGUGGACAUGGACGUGGACGUGGUCGUGGACGUGGACGUGGACGUGGACGUGGACAUGGUCGUGGACGUAGACAUGGACGUGGACGUGGACAUGGACGUGGACGUGGAGGUGGACGUGGACAUGGACGUGGACGUGGACAGGGGAAGAGCGGAUGGAAACGCGGAGGAGGACAUGGACGUGGACAUGGACGUGGACGUGGACGUGGACGUGGACAUGGACGUGGACAUAGACGUGGACGUGGACGUGGACAUGGACGUGGACGUGGACAUGGACGUGGACGUAGACGUGGACGUGGACAUGGACGUAGACGUGGACGUGGACGUGGACGUGGACGUGGACGUAGACGUGGACGUGGACGUGGACGUGGACGUAGACGUAGACGUGGACGUGGACGUGGACAUGGACGUGGACGUGGAUGUGGACGUUGACGUGGACAUGGACGUGGACGUGGACGUGGACGUGGACGUGGAGGAGUUGGACGUGGACAUGGACGUGGACAUGGACGUGGACGUGGACGUGGACAUGGACGUGAACGUGGACGUGGACAUGGACGUGGACGUAGACGUGGGCGUGGACAUGGACGUCGACGUGGACGUGGUUGUGGACGUGGACGUAGACGUAGACGUGGACGUGGACGUGGACAUGGACGUAGACGUGGAGGUGGACGUGGACGUGGACAUGGACGUGGACGUGGAUGUGGACGUUGACGUGCAGGAGUUGGACGUGGACAUGGACGUGGACAUGGACAUGGACGUGGAAGUGGACGUGGACGUGGACGUGGAGAACUUGGACGUGGACAUGGACGUGAACGUGGACGUGGACAUGGACGUGGAGGACUUGGACGUGGACAUGGACGUGGACGUGGACGUGGACAUGGACGUGGGCGUGGACAUGGAGGUGGACGUGGACGUGGACGUGGACAUGGACGUGGACGUGGACGUGGACGUGGACAUGGUCGUGGACAUGGACAUGAACAUGGACAUGGACGUGGACGUGGACGUGGACGUGGACGUGGUCGUGGACGUAGACGUGGACGUGGACGUGGACGUGGUCGUGGACGUGGACGUGGACGUGGACGUGGACAUGGACGUGGACGUGGACGUGGACGUGGAGGUGGAGAUGGACGUGGACGUGGACGUGGACGUGGACGUGGACGUCGACGUGGACGUGGUCGUGGACGUGGACAUGGACGUGGACGUGGACGUGGACAUGGACGUGGACGUGGACGUGACGUGGACACGUGGACAUGGACGUGGACGUGGACGUGGACGUGGACAUGGACGUGGACGUGGACGUGGACGUGGACUGGGACGUGGACGUGGACGUGGAGUGGACGUGGACGUGGACGUGGACAUGGACGUAGACGUGGACGUGGACGUGGACAUGGACGUGGACGUGGACGUGGACGUGGACGUGGACGUGGACGUGGACAUUGACGUGGACGUGGACGUAGACGUGGACAUGAACGUGGACGUGGACGUGGACGUGGACGUGGAGGUGGACGUGGACGUGGACGUGGAGGUGGACGUGGACGUGGACGUGGACGUGGUCGUGGACGUGGACAUAGACGUGGACGUGGACAUGGACGUGGACGUGGACGUGACGUGGACGUGGACGUGGACGUGGACGUGA